AUGGAGAACGACGGCGACCAGCAGCCGCUGUUGUCUAGCGCUGGACGUACGGACACAGCAGCAGGAGCAGGAGAAGGAGCGACAGUAGGACGGGAACCAACCAGUUUCAGUGCGACGACGGCGGAAGAUGAGAUGGCUGGGGAUUCAAGGAGCAAAACGAAAGAUAAAAUGCAGUCAAAAGCAUCAUCAGUAGCAGCAGUUCCCCUGCGCUAUGCAGCCCCCCUUGGGGGUGUGAAGGGGUCACUAUUGCGUUCCCUACCUGUGGUAUUCGUUUUAUCUCUCCUCUCAGUCGUUGUUGGGGUAUACGUGUCGUUUCACAUUGCACCCCUGCUGCAGCAGCAUGAAACGGACAGAGCAGCGUUCAACAGAGGCAUUUGGGAGUUUGCCGUCUUUGUCUUUCUCCUCGCCCUCUUCAUGUUGUGUUUUGCGUUGAGCGUCUUCGUACGCCCUGGCCAACCAACCGAAUUGGGGGAGGAGGCGCUAGAGACACACAACGCAGCGGAGACGAAGAGUGGAGGGGGGUUGCGUGUGUGCAAGUGGUGCGGCGUGUGGAAGCCGGACAGAACGCACCACUGCCGUGUGUGUCGAGGUUGUGUAUUACGAAUGGACCAUCACUGCCCUUGGCUAGCUAACUGUGUUGGCUGGGGAAACCACAAGUACUUCAUGCUUCUGCUCUUUUACGGGGCCCUCACUUGUUUGUUCGUGGCAGCCACUAUGUUGGAGUCCGUCAUCCGAGUCGUCAACGAGCCAAAGGCAGACUUUGUGGAGCUGUUUUUGUUGCUGCUGGGAUCGUCCUUGGACAUACUCAUCUUUGCUGUCAUUUUCCUCUUCGGGCUCUUUCACCUGUACCUCCUCGCCAAAGGGAUGACCACUAUUGAGUUUUGCGAGAAACGAUUCAAGCGGGCUCAUGACCAACCACCAUCUAAUAUGUGGAACUUGGGUUUCUGGAGGAACUUCAAUGAAGUGUUCGGCUACAAUCCUCUCCUGUGGUUUGUGCCUGUCGAUAAUCGCCAUGGAGACGGACGGCAUUUUCCUCUCUCCGUACCUUCCGCCCACGUGGAUUAA